AUGACAAAUAUUAGUGAAUUUAAAUCAUUACCAAAUGCAAAUGAACCAAAAAUGGAUCAUUUAACAACAAAAGAUUAUAAAGAUGUUUAUGAACCAUCAGAAGAUUCAUAUUUAUUUAUAGAUUCAUUACAAAAGGAUUAUGAAAAUAUAAAAGAAAUGAAACCAUUUAUAAUGUUAGAGAUUGGAUCUGGUAGUGGAUUUGUAAUAACAUUUCUAGCUAAAUUGUUAGGUAAUGAUGGUAGUAAAUAUUAUAUGUCAACUGAUAUCAAUCCAAAGGCUGCUAUUGCAUCAAGUAAAACUUCAAUUGAAAAUAAUGUUCAUUUAGAUGUUUUAAAUACUUCUUUCGUUUCAUCAAUUGAAAGACUUAAAGGCUCAAUAGACAUUUUAUUAUUUAAUCCACCUUAUGUUCCAACACCUUCUGAAGAAGUUAAUGAAGGUGGUAUCGUUGCUUCUUGGGCUGGUGGUAUAAAUGGUAGGGAAGUUAUUGAUAAAUUAUUACCUCAAAUACCUAGCAUUUUAUCAAAAAAAGGAUUUUUUUAUAUUGUAUUAGUUCAAGAAAAUAAACCAAAACAAGUAAUUUCUAUAUUAGGAGAAUAUGGAUUUAGUUAUAAAGUAGUUGGAAAAAGAAAAGCAAGAAAUGAAUUAUUAUACAUUAUAAAAUUUUAUAGAGAAAAUAAUAAUAAUAAUAGUAAUUAUAGUAAUAAUAAUAGUAAUGAUAAUAAUAAUAAUAGUAAUAAUAAUAGUAAUGAUAAUAAUAAUAAUAGUGUUAACUAA